AUGGCCACGUCACAGGGUACCCCAGACGAUCACCAGCACGAAGCAGGAUUCUUACCCUUUCUGACUACUGUCAAUGAGGCCCUACCUCCCGCUGGCUUUGUCGAUGCCACGGAAUUCAUCCUGCCCAGCACGACGGUCACACUUCCGACCACAAGCACACUGACCAUUACCACUCCUGGCAUAUCUAAGCCCCUGUUGACGACUAGGAUGACCUCCACAACCACUUCCACCUUGACAGCGUCGGCAUCACCUCGAAAUCCUGCACCCGGAAACGCCACGUGGUUAGGUCCAUAUACUGUCACCAUACACGAGGUCUCGAUUUCGAACGCUAGCAUGCCAAGUAUAACUCUUACGAUCAUCCCUAAUAACACCAUUUCUGAAUCAUCUGAUGUUACGACCACUCUGGGGUACACAGAGACCUCGGUCAUCGUGAGUACGACUACAACUACGACUACACCAGCAUUUGGAGGUCCUGCCACGUCCGCAAACGGCGCGAUCGCAGCAUUGUUGCCGAAUGUCUAUUUCUUGGCCGGUGUCCUUCUUGGACUGUGGACUUGGGGUAGUUCUUCAAGAAGCGAUCUUCUAGCAUACUAUGGAGCAGAUGUCCUUGAUUAG